AUGAAGAUCCUCACCAAAGAAGAAGAGGAAGCCCAUUACAAUGCAACUCUCAAAGGCGGUAUUAAAGGCGGCCUUUUCGGUCUCGUGGUCGGCACAACCACCGUCCUCGCGGCACACCACCGCUUCCCUACCUUCCGCUCCCUCACCCUCCCUAUGAAAACCUUCCUCGUAACCUCCUCCGGCACAUUCCUAGCCAUAAUUCAAGCCGACCGCUCCUCGCGGUCCUUCGAAACCGCCCGUAACCCCGCGAACCAAUACAAAGACCGCGCCUCCAGCGACCUCGCCGCGCUUAAGGAAUCCGAGACCGCCUUCCAGCGCUUCAAGGACUGGGGCCGUGAGAACAGAUACCCGAUUGUGACAGCGUCGUGGGUGGCGAGUUUGGGGGUCGCGCUAGGCCUAGUAGGCAGGAAUCCGUAUCUAACGAGGGCGCAAAAGUUGGUGCAGGCGAGGGUUUAUGCACAGGGGUUGACGCUGGCGAUUUUGAUUGCAACUGCGGCGUUCGAGGUUGGGGAUGCGAGUAAAGGGAAGGGGAGGUGGGAGACGGUGAAGAUUCUGGACCCGAAUGAUCCGGAGCAUAAGCAUAUUAUUGAGAAGAGAAUUCAUCAUGAGGCGUAUGAGGGAGAGGAUUUAUGGAGGGACAUGGUAGCAGCAGAGGAGCGUAAGAUCGAAGCCCGUAAAUCAGCAGCUGAGCAUGAGAAGGCUACUAGCAAGUCGAAAUCAACGCCCAAAGCCACAAAGAGCAAGCAAACUGAGCAAGAUGUCGACUAA